CAGCCACGCUCGGAACGAAGAGUAGCUUCUUCCUUCCGUCUCUGCUCACGUACUCACCGCACCCUUCACUCACAUACCAACACUAACUCACCGCCCCCGGCAAGCGCAUAAAAAAUACGGCGACUAGUUUCCGGCGAGCUCAGCUGACAAAUAGGAGCUAGGCCUCUCUAGGCUCGGCGCCCUUAAAAGAAUUAAGGUGAAUCGAAGCGAUGGGUCGGUCUCGGGCGGUGUUGCAUCCUGCGGAGGAUGAUCCAAAUCAAAGGUCCAAGAGAAAGAGGACUGUUUCCAAUGUAGAAACUAUGGGGAUUACUCCUUCAGGUAUUUCUUCCACUAGCAUCAAGCCACCAAUUAGAGGAAAAUGCAAAAAAUGAAGACAAGACUGCUAGCAGGACUUGGGAUUUGAAGGAAUUUCUGAAGGGAAAGUGGCUUUGUACCACUGUAAUUAUUGCAACAAAGAUAUUUCGGGGAGGAUUCGAAUGAAGUGUGUCAUGUGCCCAGAUUUUGACCUUUGUGUAGAAUGUUUUUCUGUUGGAGCUGAAGUUACACCGCACAAGAGCAAUCAUCCUUAUAGGGUUAUGGACAAUCUCUCUUUCCCACUUAUAUGUCCAGACUGGAAUACAGAUGAAGAGAUAUUACUUUUGGAGGGCAUUGAAAUGUAUGGAUUUGGUAACUGGACUGAAGUUGCUGAACAUGUUGGAACAAAAACCAAAUCACAAUGUAUUGACCACUAUAAUGGCAUAUACAUGAACUCUCCGUGCUUUCCUCUCCCUGACAUGUCGCAUGUUAUGGGUAAGAGUCGGGCGGAGCUCCUUGCUUUGGCCAAAGGGCCCGGUGAAGUGAGAAAAGAAAUUCCUAAGAUUGGGGAGCUUACGCUGAAAGAAGAGUCUCCAUUCUCAGGAAGACUCAGUUGUGAUGAAUCCAAAAAAGGUCUGGCUUGGCAUUCCUCAUCUAGCUUAACAUCAGGAACAGGCACAGGUCUGGAUUCAAGCAGUGGUAACACUUUCUCAGGUGUUAUAAAGAAGGCCUCCAAUAAAGUUCAGACUAAGGAUGGCACUAGCACAGAAGAAUUUCCGGCAGACAGGAGCAUUGGAGAGAAAAAGCCUAGGGUUCCGGGGGAUGAGGAACCUUCUAUGACAGAAUUGAGUGGCUAUAACUUCAAGAGGCAGGAGUUUGAGAUUGAAUAUGAUAAUGAUGCAGAGCAGGUACUGGCAGAUAUGGAAUUCAGGGAUACUGAUGGUGAUGCUGAGCACGAAUUGAAAUUAAGAGUUCUGCGUAUCUACUCGAAAAGGCUUGAUGAGAGAAAGCGCAGGAAAGAUUUCAUACUGGAAAGAAAUUUACUUUACCCUGACCCUUUCGAGAAAAGCCUCUCACCUGAAGAAAGGGAGAUAUGCCGACGUUACAGGGUCUUCAUGCGAUUCCACUCAAAAGAAGAGCAUGAUGAGUUGCUUAAGAAUAUUAUUGAGCAACAGCGAAUAGUCAAAAGAAUACAAGAUCUUCAGAAAGCUCGAGCUGCAGGCUGUCGAACAGCUGCCGAGGCAAAUAAGUUUCUUGAACAGAAGAGGAAUAUGGGAGUUGAAGAAAGUGAGCAAGGAGUUAAUGAAAGUGCUCAAGGUGCAGGUGGUAAAGUCUUGCAAAGACAAAAUCAUCUCAAAGGAGAAUUUGAUGCCAGUACUCAAGGAGUUCCUAAGGAGUCCCCUGUUCUACAUCCCAGUGGCAAGGAUACGUCUUCUGCAAUGCAAGCUACUUCAAACUCUCUUCAAGAGUGGGACAUCACUGGAUUUGUAGGAGCGGAUUUACUCUCUGAAACUGAGAAACGGCUUUGUGGUGAGAUCAGAAUACUACCUUCACAUUAUCUCAACAUGCUGCAGAUCAUCUCACUAGAAAUUAUGAAGGGCAAUGUCACCAAGAAGUCUGAUGCCCAUAGCUUGUUCAAGGUAGAACCGAGCAAAGUUGAUGUAGUGUAUGAUAUGCUUGUGCAAAAGGGGAUUGCUCAAGCAUGAUGACAUACGCCAUCGUCGUCUUCUGAAUAGUAACUUGUACAGUUUUUCCUUUCUAAUCAAAGAAGUAUACCUCUAGUGAUAUAAUAAUCACAAGCAUGGCCAAGGGGAGUCCUUGCCACUGUCUAUAUAGGGGAAGACUUGUAUCGGAUGCAUCCAAGUGAAAGAGUGGAUGUGACUCAUUAGACUGAUGGAUUUUUUGCACUUUCCAGUUCUGGAAUGCCAUGAGAUGGUCCUGAUGGAUGUCCAUGAUGUAUGGUGAAAUUUUCCAAUCAGUUACAAGGUUUGGAUGUUUAAUUGCUGUCUGUGACAACUAGAAGAGCAACAUUUGCUUCUCCAGAACUUGGGAUUCAAUCCAUAUUUGCUGCCCAAACACCAACCAGUCUUAAAGAGUACUCUUCUUGUAUGCGACAAACAGCAGCAGCGUGUUGAAUAGUUUUGAUUUCAGCAUCUUCUAGAAAUCUUUUACUAGCACCCACUGAUGUCUAUAUGCGACUUUUUCAAGUUUCAACACAGUAUGUUGUAUACUUGCCCUAGCCAUUUUACAGGGCAUGAAGGAAGAAUUUCUCCACGGUCAAAACGCAUGAUUCCCCCGGUAAAUAUGUGCCAUGUUUAUUGGCUUUGUUGAA